CGGGCGCCAGGCUGUUUUCCGCACUUCGCGCGUCCGGGCGCAGCUGGCUGCGGCCGAACGGUUCCUCGGAGGAGGCCGCCCUCUGCGCCGGGUGCGCCGGGGGCGCGGCCGACUGCGAGCUGGAACUGCGGGCAGUGGCCAGGGCGCAGAGGGGGGCCACGCGGCCAAAGGGGCGGCGCGCAUCGGCCGAGCGGAGGAGCCGCUCGCGGGGGCGGGUGCGCGCCGCGCCUCCUCCGGGCACAGGGGGCGAGGGUCCGCCCGGGGAGGCAGCAGAGCGGAGGAGAGGAGGGAGAGGAGGGGGAGGCAGCAGGACGGGCAGUGGGCGGGGUGGCGAAGGGGCCGAAUCUCGGCUGCCUCUGCGGCUCGGGCUGCCCCGACUCCGACGGUGAGCAGCCCCGCUGGCGCCAACAACAGCCUGCAGCAGAGCCCGGGCCGGACGUUCCCGCGCGCGCGGCCGCCCGGGGAGGGGCCCGCGGGCGGCCGCGGCCGAGGCGCCCCACGGCAGGGCAGGCGCCGCGCCCGAGCCCAGAUCGGGGAAAAAGCCCGCGGGAGCUCUCCGAGCGCGUGGGCGGCAGGGCCUCCCUUCGGGGGCGCCCGCGAGCUAGGAGCAUGCCGGUGUGUGUGUGGUGCCCUCCGAAGAGUGGCGCGGCGGGCCCCUGGUUCCUGCCUCAGGGCACCGGCGGCCGCCGUCACGACAAUAUGUCUAUGUCCAUAGAAUCCAGAAUUCGCUGCGCAGGCAGCAGAGUGUAGCGGAAGAGAGGUGGAGAGAGAGAGAGAGACGGAAGCAGAAAGAGGCGCAUCAGGUGGUGGACAGCGCAUGCACUAGACUAGGCCCUACGUAGCUGUAUCUAUGGCAAGGGCCAUAUCUCCUCGUGAGCCUGAA